AUGGACGAAGAGGCUGUGAGAACAGAUAAUAAUGAUCCUCUUGCCGACCUCGAGGAGAAGCGAGUACUCAGUGCGGCAUUGGACUCCUUCUGGCAGUAUCGCCGCGCUGCGCAUUACAACAUCACUCAUUUACGUCGUCAAUCUUUCUAUUCCCUACCUGCUGCGCAGAUUGAGUUGUUGUCAUCGCCACCGUUCUCAAUCCCCAAAACAUUCGACGCCGUGGACAAGGCCAUCGACGCAAACGCAGACAUAGCGGACGCAAUCUUGGCAAUAGGAAUCCCAUCCUUUGGACUGCACCCUCAAGACGAGACAUGGAAAGGUACUGCUGGCCCACAUGACCUUGAUAAAGCACGUUCCACCAUCAGGCAACUGUACAGAGAUUGGUCCGCAGAGGGUUGCCCAGAACGCGCGGCGUCGUUUUCGCCGAUAUUGACGGCUCUUGGCGAAUAUCUGCCAAAAGUGUCUCCUGCUCAGCGUCAUCACCAACGAGUACUUGUUCCGGGAGCUGGACUGGGCCGCCUGGUGUUUGAGAUCUGUGCUGCAGGCUACGAUGUCGAGGGAAACGAGAUCUCAUAUCAUCAAUUGCUCGCGUCGAACUACAUCCUGAACAGUGUGGGAGACGUGGGAAUGCACGCCCUUUAUCCUUGGGCUCUCAACUUUAGCAAUCACCACACCAGAGAUAAUCAGCUGCAGCGUGUAGCCAUCCCUGAUGUGCAACCAGCCGCAACCUUGAUGGCAGCACAGGCUGAAACACAAUCGGAAAAGCCUUAUAGCGAGCGAAUGGCCAUGACUUCGGGCGACUUCUGUGUACUCUAUCGAGAGACUGCAUACAUCGACACCUUCGAUGCAGUCGCUACUUGUUUCUUCAUUGAUACCGCACCAAAUGUCAUCAGUUACAUCGAAACAAUCCUUAGCUGCCUGAAGCGAGGUGGACUAUGGAUCAAUCUUGGACCUCUGCUGUGGCAUUUUGAAUCAGCGCCCACCCCAGCGGAACGUGACAAGCAGCGUGGUAGGGUACCGUCACAGCAUGCUCACAGCCACGGCAAUGACGGCAUUGGAGAGCCAGGUUCGAUCGAAUUGUCCAACGAUGAAGUAAUCGCUGUUGUUGAAAGACACGGCUUUGAGAUGCUGGAGCAUAGAUCCGUCGGAGGCACAGGUUACAUACAGGAUUCAGCAAGCAUGUUGCAGAAUGUCUAUCGACCAAUGUUUUGGGUAGCUAAGAAACUGUGA